AUGGGCAUAUCAGAGGAAGUCAAGCUGGAGGAACUACCGCAAGAAGCCAAAUUAGCACACCCGGAUGCUGCAGCCGAUCGUGCCGUGGCAGCGGCUGCUGCCGCCGCGUGUCUCGUCUCUGGUCCAAGUGGCGCCAGCGGCGGUACCAACAGUCCCAUCUCGGAUGUCAACAGCGAUUGUGAGGCGGACGAGUAUGCCCCAAAACGCAAACAGCGUCGCUAUAGAACCACGUUUACCAGCUUUCAGCUGGAAGAGCUGGAGAAGGCCUUCUCGCGCACCCAUUAUCCCGAUGUGUUUACGAGAGAAGAGCUGGCGAUGAAAAUUGGAUUAACCGAGGCGCGCAUUCAGGUCUGGUUCCAGAAUCGACGUGCCAAGUGGCGCAAGCAGGAGAAGGUUGGACCGCAGUCACAUCCCUACAAUCCAUAUCUGCCCAGUGGCGCCGCCACAAUGCAAACAGUCGUGGGCGCCGCCCUGCCGCCCAAUCCAUUCACGCACUUGGGCUUCCAACUGCGCAAGCCAUUCGAUGCGCCCGCAAAUCUGGCCGCAUUUCGUUAUCCGCAUUUGUCGGCAGCACCCAUGAUACCAUCUGGCUACUUCAAUCAGUUUCAGCGAGCGCCACCUCAUAUGCUGCCGCACGGCAUGGCCUCCAUGUACUCGCCUUCCAGCUCGUUUCAGUCGCUGCUCGCCAACAUGACGGCUGUGCCGCGUCCACCGCCGAUGCCAGUGGCUGCCAAACCGCCCAUGCUGGUUGGUUCCCCAGAUCUUCAUUCGCCUAAUCAUCUGAUAGCCUCACCGCCCACUUCGCCUGUUUCAGCCGCCUCACAGUCCGGACCUGCACCACCCGCACCACAGCUCUCGCCGCAGCAGCUAGUGGGCAUACCAUUGGCACAUUCGGCUCAUCAGCUCUCGGGUGGCGCUUCUGCCUCUCCGACCCACGCCGGUCUGCCUCAAACAGCACCCGUGGCUUUGACGCACUCGCCGCAACGUCAACUGAGCGGCGCACCACCACCACCACCAUCGCUGUCGGCCAUGCAACGCGCCGCCACACCACCCGAGGAUCGACGCACUUCGUCCAUAGCUGCGUUAAGGCUGAAGGCGCGUGAGCACGAACUGAAGCUGGAGCUGCUGCGUCAGAAUGGACACAGUGGCGAUGUGAUUAGCUAG